CAUUUACGGAGAUAAAUCACGUUAGUAAUUCAAUUUUCGUGUCCAGUUGAAGUCGUCUCGGUUCACUUUGAAGCCGCUUGGUUUAGUUUAGAUUAGUUUAGCAUGCUAGCAAAGCGACUCAACAUUCUCCUCAAGCCUGAGAGCGGAAAGUUGUGAUCGUCGCGUGAAAAUGUGCGCAAGAAGUACAACGGAGUACAAGAAGGACAUUUGGGGCAAAAAAGAGGAGAAGAAGCGACAACGUCGACUACUGGACGUUGUUUUGAAUCUACAGCCUCGAAUUGUACUGCGCAGAGCAGAAGUCAGUCGACGUCUUCACCCCGAGUGGCCGAAGCAGGAGUCCCCCCAGGAUGAAGAGGCCCAGCACAUCAAAGAGGAGGGGGAAGCCUUCCUUCAUGUUAAACAGGAAGAGGAGGAGGAAGUCAUUCGGGUUCCUUUGACUGGUGUCUUUUUGAAGAGUGAAGAUGAAGUUCAAAGGGAGGAGGGCAGAGGGGCGGAGCCUCCGAGCAAUGGCUCAAGUCAACACGUGACAAUAAACGGUGAGGGAGACCACCGUGGAGGAUCACAACCCGGCGGACUCGCAGGUCCACUGUCAGAUAGUGACGACAUGACGUCACACUCUUCGAACUAUAAUGAUGAUGAUAAAAAGUCUGAAGGUGAGAAGACAUGUAACAGUGUCAACAAACGAUGGAAAUGUUCUCAGUGUGGGAAAACCUUCGCUUAUAAGGGCAAGUUGAAACUGCACGCGAGGACACACACGGGAGAGAAACCUUUUGCCUGCAUAAUUUGCGGCCAAAGAUUCUCUCAAAAGGAUAGCUUAAAUCGUCACACAAGAACACACACCGGAGAGAAACCUUUUUCCUGUUUAAUUUGUGGCCAAAGAUUCUCUCAGAAGGAAACUUUAAAGCAUCACACGAGAACGCACACAGGAGAAAAACCUUUUGCCUGCUUAGUUUGCAGUCAAAGAUUUACCAAAAAGUGUAACUUGACAAUUCACACAAGAACACACACCGGAGAGAAACCUUUUUCCUGUUUGGUUUGUGGCCAAAGAUUCUCUCAGAAGGAAACGUUAAAGCGUCACACAAGAACACACACGGGAGAAAAACCUUUUGUUUGCUUAGUUUGCAGUCAAAGAUUUACCAAAAAGUGUAACUUGACAAGUCACACAAGAACACACAGCGGUGAGAAACAUUUUUCCUGCUUAGAUUAUGGCCAACAACUCUCUCAGAAGGAAACAUUAAAACAUCACACAAUAACACACACGAAGGAGAAACUUUUUUCGUGCGUGGUUUGUGGUAAAAGAUACACUCAGAAAGGAGAUUUAAAAACACACAUGCGAACACACACUGGUGAGAAACCUUUUUCCUGCUCAACUUGUCACCAAAGAUUCUCUCAGAAGGGAGCCUUAAAAAUCCACACAAGGACACACACUGGUGAGAAACCGUUUGCCUGUUCAGUGUGUGGUAAAAAAUUUUCUGAUCAGGCAAACUUGAGGAAACAUACAGGAAUACACACUGGUGCUAAACCCUUUUCCUGCUCAGUUUGCGAUCAACGGUUCACUCAGAAGGUAGCCUUACAAUAUCAUACAAGAACACACACCGGUGAGAAACCCUUUUCCUGCUCAGUAUGUGGCCAAAGAUUCUCUGCACACAGAGAGUUAAAAAAACACAAGAACGCACACGAGUAAGAAACCUUUUUCUUGUUCAGUUCUCUCGGCACCAAUGUAUUAAAGGUCAAGUGUCAUGAAA